AUGAGCUUGUUUCACCACAGACGACCCUUCGAUGCCCCGCCCGAUCCUCGUCCAGGACGCUGUGCGCUUUUACGAGGGAACCCUUGCUUCAUCGUCUCCACCUUCCAGCGCAGGAAAGUGCCCAUGGCAGAUGUUCUUCCAUUGCAGGAGACGCUGGAUGAGGCGAUCCUGACUGCCUCUCGAGCAGACACAGAGACGUGCGCGCAAAGAGACUUGCAAGAUGUGGGCUGCAAGCGCGUGCAGAUUCAACCACGAAAUCUCCGGAAGGGCCGGCUGCGUUUCAAUGUCUUGCCUGCUGCGUGUGAGCCUGGAGCUGCUGAUGCCCAUGACGUGCAGGUCUACUUGGGCCCUCUGCAAGCAAGUGCAGAACGACCGACUGCCCCAGCCGCCGCAGGGGAAAUCAUCCGUGUGGAGCCAGCUGCUGCCUCCGAGCACAAGAGCUCGCUUGUGGACGGGCGCUGGCAUCAGGUCGUGGUCCGACGAGAUCUUAGUCAGCGAGCAAUCUUUUUGCUUGACACCCCGCUGCCAUAUUUGCUGGAUACGCGGCCGGAGCGGUGCUUGACGUGUGGUAAAUCUUACCCAGUGAAGCCAAGCGACAUCCGCCGCCACUUCCCUACCGCUCUAUCCUGUCGUACUUCAAAGCAGCGAGUUGUAUGGUUCUCUGGGCGCUUGCUGGUGCAGGCGGUGCAAAAAUUUGCUGAGGUGCCAACUGCAGCCGCUGUGAAACGCUACCUGCUCGACUUAUACGCUUCGAACUCCCUGGAUCUUGCCACUGCUCAGCAGCAGCUUGGUGUGCUAUCUUGUCUGCCGAGAUUGCGGGCUUUGCGCGGGGUCCUGCGGCAAGCGUUGAUGUCGUACUUGCCAGGCCUUGUCGAAGAGAUCCAGAAGUCUGCCCACGUGUACUCUGGAAGCGCCGUCAAAGGCGACGGCAACUUCAAGAUAGCUGCUCGCAUCAAAGGAGCUCGCCCUGCCACUGCUGUCAUCUACGGCUGGUGUGGCGUCGACGGGUGCCUCCUGAAGCCGUGCGAACUCAUGCCCGUCGAAUCUUGGGCCUACAUUCGACCAGAUUUGGAGAAGUUAGCAGACCAGAUGCGAGCGAACAGAGAAGCAGCCGGGCUCGCGCAGCAUGAGAUCCCGCCCGUGUAUCAUUCAACUGACACUUACGCGAAACAUCGCAAGCUCCUGCGGAGUUUCUGGAGGCGGAAAUACAGCACUGGUGUGCAGAGCGUGUCAAGCACAGCUCGUGGAGAUGCGUACUCUGUGGCGCCCGGCCCCGACCGUGAUCCCACCAGGAUAACGGGAGAUCCCCAGCAUGAAGUGCUGGCGCUGGGCCGACUGGUGCCUCCAACCAGCAGCGACGGUCCAACAUUUGUUGCGGAUCACAGGAACCUUAUGGAGAGGCUCAGCUUGCCACCCUCGCCGCAUCCGACCUGUCCGGCCGAUCACGUCUUCCAAGAGUUGCGACAGGAUCUUCAGCCUCUCUUGCAAGAAGCUGUGCGGAACAGACGCUUCGAUCUUGAUGCCAGCAGCGCUUCGGAUCAGGAAAAGAAGGACAUGCGAGAUUUCCUUGGGCAGGCGUACGCUUCUCGUGCACAGAGCUGGCUCGGCAUCUUCGGGAGUUCGCCGCCCCGUCAAACCUUGGCACGGCUGUGCGGGCGAUUUGGGGUAAAAAUCCACGACACUGAGGGCAACUACAAUGUGCGCGACGCCACGGACUUUGUCGCAGAAGUGCGCAGGAUCCUGCGGUGGUAUCGACACAGAAAGAGAUCCACGCUGCUGCGAAGGCGACAGGUUCUACGGGAGCGUCAGCAGCGCAUCAUCCCCGGCAAGACGGGCGUCCUGAGCAAGAAGGUCCGGGCACACCUCCGACGACUUCGGCGGCCGGUUCGAGUGGAGAGCUUCAUGCACUGGCGAGACAUGGCGAUACAGACAUUGCGAGCUGGGAUAGCAGUACAAAGCGGCACUGUCUGCGUGGAACGCUACUGGGCGGCCUUGCUGAACUACAUUGCACCUCAGGUCCGGCAAAUGUCGCCAGCUUGGUGGUUCGUCUUGGCACAGUUGAGCUUCGCCAAGUGGAACUACCAGCAUUUCAGUCUUGAUGCCCUGCUCGGUAUAGCAGAGCGAGAUGCUGAAAUCCAAAGCAAGUUGUCAACCUGCACCUUGCUGGCGCGAGCCCUUCAUGACAGUGAGCUCAGCGAAGCCAUCGGAUUGCACGACCUUUUUGAUCCUUUCCGGCAUGAUGACGAUGCGCAGUUUGCGGAUGUCCGCUGA